CUGAGCCGGCGGCGGCCCUGUUUUCUGCAGCUGGUGGCGUCGGCCGGGGCGGCAUGGAUCUCAGCGAUCUGGAGAGAGACAAUACGGGCCGCUGUCGCCUGAAUUCACCUGUGCCUGCGGUGUGCCGCAAGGAGCCCUGCGUCCUGGGAGUCGAUGAAGCGGGCCGGGGUCCCGUGCUGGGCCCCAUGGUCUACGCCAUCUGUUAUUGCCCCCUGUCCCGCCUGGCAGAUCUGGAGGCGCUGAAAGUGGCAGACUCCAAGACCCUGUCGGAGAGCGAGCGGGACAGGCUCUUUGCAAAAAUGGAAGAAGACAGGGACUUUGUGGGCUGGGCGUUGGACGUGCUGUCUCCAAACCUUAUCUCUACCAGCAUGCUCGGGAGGGUCAAAUACAACCUGAACUCCCUGUCCCAUGAUACAGCCACCGGGCUGAUACAGUACGCGUUGGAACAGGGUGUGAAAGUCAUUCAGGUAUUCGUAGACACUGUGGGGCUUCCAGAGACUUACCAAAAGCAGCUGCAGCAGCAUUUUCCCGGCAUUGAGGUGACGGUCAGGGCAAAAGCGGAUGCCCUCUACCCCGUGGUCAGUGCUGCCAGCAUUUGUGCCAAGGUGGCCCGUGACCAGGCUGUGAAGAACUGGCGGUUCGUGGAAAAACUGCCGGACUUGGAUGCCGAUUACGGCUCGGGCUACCCCAAUGAUCCCAAGACGAAAGCGUGGCUGAAGAAGCACGUGGAGCCCGUAUUCGGCUUCCCCCAGUUUGUCCGGUUCAGUUGGCGCACAGCCCAGACCAUCCUGGAGAAGGAGGCAGAAGACGUUAUGUGGGAGGACUCGCCAACAGGAGAUCAGGAGGGACUCGGGAGGAUCACAUCCUACUUCCUCAAAGAAGGCUCCCGAACCCGCCCCCACCUCCCCUACCGGUACUUCCAGGAGCGGGGCUUGGAGUCAGCCACCACCCUCUAGGGGCCAUCCUGUCUUCUCCCUUACCUGCCCCCCCACCCCGCCUCCAGCAAUUAAAGUCGUUUAAGGAUAACCAAGCCUAGGGGUCGCACUUUGGGGCAGAGGCCAGUGGGAGUGUGCUCCGCAGCAGGACCCAGCUGCUGCUUUUUGGAACCUAAACAGAGUAGGCAUUGGUUGAUGGACUUGCUUUUAUUUUUAUUUUUAUUUAUUUAUUUUUUUACUUUAUUUUUUUGGUGGCUGGCUGGUACAGGGAUCCGAACCUAUGACAUUGGUAUUCUAAGGCUGCGAGAUUUGAUUUUUUUUGUAAUUUUUUUUUUUUUUUGAGAUUGGUUUUUAA